AGAAUUCAGAGUGGCAUCCUAUUUUCCUCGUAUUUUUCAAUUUUGUUCAUCUUUUCGAUUGAUCUCCAAGAAAAGGAGCAGAUAAGAUCUCGUUGUUGUUCUCGAGCAGAAAUAAAUAUAGGGUGAAAAUAUUAUAUUGCGAGUAUUAUAUGUAUAAUUAUUCAAUUUCUUUGUUGGAAUUUGGAAUAAGUUGAUCGUAGAUUGCAAUUGAGCAGGAAUGAAGGAGGAAGAGUUAAUCAGGGAAAUCAGACAGCUGAGACAAUUGCUGAAGGAAAAGGAAGAUAUCCUGGCUGAGUUGAGGCGGGAAAAUAUUGUUGUUCAAAAGAAUGGUCUGAAUAAUGAGGAGAUCGCUAGAUACAGUCGUCAGAUUUUAAUUCCUGAAAUCGGUGUUAAAGGGCAAUUGAAAAUUAAAAAUGCAUCGGUUUUGAUCGUUGGAGCUGGGGGUCUUGGCUGUCCAUCAGCUCUGUACUUGGCUGGAGCUGGAGUAGGACAUAUUGGUAUUGUGGACUAUGAUGAUGUUGAGAUUAACAACUUACACAGACAGUUAUUGUACACAUCUGAUGACAUUAGUAGUAAUAAAGUGCAUGCUGCUGCUCAGCAUUUGCAAAGACUCAAUGGGAAGCUGAAAGUAACUCCAUACAAACUGCAAUUGGAUAGCAACAACAUUCAGAAUAUUAUCAGACACUACGACAUUAUUCUUGACGCAACUGAUAACGUACCAACAAGAUAUCUCCUUAACGAUGCCUGUGUUUUCGCUGGAAAGCCGUUGAUAUCAGGAUCUGCCUUGAAAUUGGAGGGACAGAUGACGGUUUACAAUUAUCAAGGACCUUGCUACAGAUGUAUUUUUCCAAAACCUCCACCACCUGAGACUGUGACCAAUUGUGGAGAUGGUGGAGUUCUCGGUGCAGCUGUUGGAGUAGUUGGUGUUUUGCAAGCCCUGGAGGCCAUAAAAAUAAUCCUGAAUAUGCCUGGAGUGUUGUCUGGUCGAUUGCUGCUUUUUGAUGCUCAUGAGACGACAUUCAGAAACAUCCGUCUACGAUCAAGAAAUCCCAACUGUCUAGUAUGUGGAGAAACCCCUCAGAUAACCCAUCUUUUAGACUACGAGCAAUUCUGUGGUAGUAAAGCAAACGACAAAAAUCCCCAUCUCAAGUUAUUGAAGAAUAACGACAGGAUUACUGCGAAGGAAUACGAAAACAUCAGGAAUUCUCAUCCCCAUUUGUUAAUCGACGUACGAUCACCGGAGGAGUUCGAAAUAUGCCACUUGGAUAAUUCGGUUAAUAUUCCGUAUUCAGAGAUGAAAAAGAGUGAGGGCCUGGAGAGGACUAGGAAGAUUAUAGCUGAUAAUCUUCAGCGGGAUAAUUUCAAUGUUUAUAUCAUCUGUCGUCGUGGAAAUGACUCUCAAAGGGCAGUCCACCUCCUGAAAAGUUCCCUGAAUGAUACGUCAAACAGGAUUAAGGAUGUGGUCGGUGGUAUUCAUGCGUGGACACGAGAGCUAGAUUCUACAUUCCCAAUUUAUUGAAAAUACCAGUUUCAAUGUAAUAAACAAAAACAAUAAAAAUCCAUUAAAUUUCUAAA